AUGGGCCAAGUACCGGAAGAGCAUGUCUCCACCUUCGAGUUCUACUUUUAUCUGCUUAAUGGAUGUCUGGGCACCAUCCUCAACAGUGCAGUUCUGUUCAUCGCCUUCAAGUAUGUGGACACGAGGGACAAACCCCGUCAAGUAAGUCGGUUCUGUUAUGUGCUUUGACGCUACUAACAUCUGCGGAAGUACUCUUUUAUUUUGUUGUGCAUAGCAAAUGAAAGUGUGACAGACCGUAAAGCGAGGGGAUCCCUGUACUCGUAAGGUAUAAUUCAAAUGCUCUCAAGUUUCAACAAUAACAUGUUAUUAGCCGACCAAUUGCGCAAAGAAGCUUCGUUUACGUGUGUGAUGACCUUAGGAAGAAGAACAAAACAUUUAAUUAUAGAUCCUGGUUAUGAACAUGACUUUGGCGGAUCUGUUCACGUGCACAAUAUACAUGUUGACCAGACCAUAUCUGAAUCGUUUUGAUGAACGAUUAUGCUAUCCUUAUUACAUCAUCAUAUUCACAUCUCAACUCGCCAGCUGCGUGUUCUUGUUGUGCAUUAACCUGGACAAGUUCAUAUUCAUCGUGUAUCCUUUGCAUUACUACGAGAUGGUCACGCGAAAACGAGUGCUCAUUGUAAUGGUUACAAUCUGGGUGACUCUUCUCAAUCUGGGCGCUCUCGCCUAUAGUCAAUUGACCGUUUCAGUAAGUGUAAUUGUAUGCUCUCGAAUAUUGUAUCCCUGUCUGAAUGUUUGCAUCUUGUGUAAAAGUCGGGUUAAUAACAACAACAUGUUUUCAGAGUCCCUGUAAUAUCGUCGGAAUCAACCCGUAUGUAUAUCUGACCAUCAUCGUGAUAUACGUUCUUGUCAUCACCAGCAGUUUUGUCAUAUCUUCUAUCAUUUAUUACAUUGCUCGGAACUCCCAAAGAAGAGAAAACACGCACAGUAAUGUAAGUCGACCAUGUCCGUAUAUAUUACCACUACAUUUCACACCCCAUUCUCUUUGUAUAUUCUACCUUUUUGGGGUUUGUGCACUUCACGGCCCGUUUUCGUGCUUGUUUGCUUAGCUUUUCACUUUUUGGCUUUCAUUUACUUUUCGGCUGAUUGAGCUACUUAGAGGUCUUUUAAAGUAUAUAUUAUUCACACGACCAGAGUCUCCUCACAAAUCAUGAUAACGACCUGAUAACAGCGAAAAAGCUUUGUUUCUCGGAAGCCUUAACUAAUUAUGGUACAAAAACACCUGUGAAAUGCCCGACAGCAUCCAUUCGACCCAUUUCUCUGGGGACAAUAACAGUUACUUAGCACUUAGCACAUCAUUUCCUUAGGGAGUCUUGGAAUUAAAGAAUUAAAGGCCAAUGAUCUGUUUCAGAAGGCCUUCAAACGUCUCUUCUUCGUGUUCAGCAGCACUUUGUGGACGUUCUGCACCUGCCUGCCAUAUCGAGUGUGUUUCCUGAUCAGCGCCAUCCUGAUCCCAUGUUAUCGGACCACUGAUAGCGAGGAGUCCUUUUUUUGCACUUUGACCGCCAUCUUCUUUUACAUGAUAGUGGUGGGCAUUGUGUUCAAUGCUCUGAUUACGGUGGUCACUCAAAGAGUCUACCGUCAGCAUGUCCUCAAAUGUUUCCCUUUCCUCUCCAAAUUGAUGCAGCCUGCCGAAAGAACCGUCGGAUUCAGAAGGCCAAGUCAACCCAUCUCCAAAUCCGAAGGUCUCAAGUUAACCUUGAGAGAAUAA